UUGCAUGUAUAUUAAAUCGUUGAUCGAGUACAUUUUGAAAAAAAAUAAAAAUAAAUAAAGUUUCCAAAGGAAAAGAAACUCGGAUAUUUAGUAAUCUUCGUUUUGCAACAAGCUAUACUUAUAGCUUCUUUACGCUCUUUUCGCGAUUGAUAUAAAUAAAGUUUGUAUUAAGAUUUCGGAGCAAGAAUGAGAAGAGGUAGAGAAAAUGUAGAAAAAGGAAACAGCUUGAGAGUAUUUACCUUCACAGGCGUCGUUGAUGGUCGUCGAGUUGGAUUCCCGCGUUUUAGCUCACUCUCACCACGAAAUCUCAAUAGAUCCGAAAUGCUUGCCAAGUGCGAGUGCGACCACUGCCACUGCGACCGCGAUCGAUUGGAAUGCCUUCGCAUCACGCCACUAUUUCCAACGUCAGUGCAUGACGAGGCGUAUCUCACAGUAUAUUAUAAUAUUACAAUACGCCCUCGACCCGCCCCGGAAAACGGUAGCUUCGCGCACAUUGGCACAAUCGUACAUAUGCAGGUAUACCUCUAUACGUCAUUGUGUGGAAUAAGAACGAAUAAACUUUGAAAAGUGAUAUACGACGACGAAGAGGUAAUGGCAAUUGCAGA